AGUUAAUAUUACUCGUAGUUGUAAGGAGCGCGAUGUGCGCGUUGCGAGCUGUCGAAGGCCACGUGUGCGCAGUGCCCGAGGCGACGGGCACGGCGUCUCGGCCGAGCAGCGUGUCGGACGCCGCGGACGGGGUGCCGGUGCCAGUGGCGGUGGCGACGCCGCUGGAGGCGUCGACGGCGUCGGCGGCGACGACGUCCUCAUCAGACGACAAGCCCGCGCAGAAGAUCGUCAAGUCGCUGCUGUCGCAGCUGCUGCCGUCGGCCGGCGCGGGCCCGCCGCUGCAGAGCCCGCUGUCGCCGGCCGAGCACCCGCUGGCCGGCCAGGGCUGGGCGCCGCCCGUCGUCGUGUACGAAGCCGAGCCCUCGUCCGUGGUGGCGUGCGCGCUCGCCUCCCCCGACUACCGGCGCGCGCUGGACGAGCUGCGCCGCGCCGCCAACGCCAAGGCGUGUCCGGAGCAGCCGUCGCCCAGCCCGCUGCACAAGCGGCGUUCGGCGAGCAGCACCGGGUCGCGCGGCGGCGGUCGAGGGGCCGGCGGCGCGGCGCAGCACCACGUGGAGGUGCAGUUCGCGGACGGCGGCGCCGUCUUCUUCUGCCGCGUGUACUUCGCCGCGCAGUUCCUGUCGCUGCGCGCGGCCGUGCUGCCCGCGGGCGAGGAGGCCUUCGUGCGCUCGCUGGCGCGCUGCGUGCAGUGGGCGGCGCGCGGCGGCAAGUCGGGCUCCAGCUUCUGCAAGACCAGAGAUGACCGUUUUGUGCUGAAGGAGAUGUCUCGCCUGGAAAUGCAGCUGUUCCUCGACUUUGCACCUCAUUACUUUGCACAUGUACACAAUUCUUUGGCUGCCUCACGCCCCACAUUGCUUGGAAAGAUUGUAGGAGUGUUCCGCAUUAAAGUGCGUGCCACAGGAGGGAGUACAAUGGCAUCCAACUUGCUUGUAAUGGAAAAUCUUUUCUUCCGUCGACAUGUCACUCACAAGUUUGACCUCAAGGGCUCAAUGCGAAAUAGACUUGCUGAAACGUUGCCUGACCAUAGAGCAGGAACCGGGGAGUUGGUUUUGCUGGACGAGAAUUUGCUCAAGAUGACGUGUGACUCGCCACUGUAUGUGUACCCACAUUCAAAGGCUGUGCUCAUGCAAGCAAUUCACAGCGAUACAGAAUUCCUUGCUGCACAAGCUGUAAUGGAUUACUCUCUUCUUGUUGGACUCGACCAGGAGCGACAUGAACUUGUAGUAGGCAUAAUAGACUACAUUCGCACUUUCACCUGGGACAAAAAGCUUGAAGCCAUGGUGAAGUAUUAUGGUCAGUUAGGCGGCGGUCAGGCUCGCCUGCCCACAGUAGUAUCCCCAGAGGUGUACCGAAAUCGCUUUAUCGAUGCCAUGCAUCGAUACUUCCUGCCUGUUCCAGACCGAUGGACACAUUUAGGCCGUGGUCUUGUUGAAGGGGCAUACUAACAAACUCACUAUAUAUGUGGAAUUGUGCCACCAGCCCCAUCCAAUCUGGCAUGUCAUUUUUGUUAUAGUUCAUAUUUAAAUAAAUUAUAUUUCAGCUCAAUUGCUUCUGUGUCAAACAGAACAUUCAUACAUUUGCUAAGACUGCCCUCGAUGCUUCCUUAGAACUAGAGCCAUUAGUCUGUUACGUGGAAGGGUAUCCAACAAUUGAAAGAGAUCCACUGUAAAGAAACGUAAGGACCAAUUAGUUAUUGAAACCUUUUCAAAAAUUGAAUUGACACACUAAAUGUAUAGUGUCAAUUAUUUAAUUAUGUACAAGAGUGAAGAAUAUAGUCAUAAGUACUGCAUGUGAAGAUAUUGAUAAACUUUUUGAAAUAUGAAAAUUGUGAAAACUAUUAUUCUUGGAAAACAAUUUCAUAUUUACAGUGAAAUAAGUGCUUUUCCUCUCUUCUGUAAAA